AUGCCAAAAUUCCACGAAGCUCCAAAAAGUGUUAGAAACACUUCAGUCAUGGUCUGCACUGAGUCACUGAUUGCAGGAAGAUACCAGGUACAAGAAAAACUUGGGAGAGGCAGUUUUGGGAUGGUUUAUGUCGUGCAGGACAAGAAAUCCCAAAAAUCGGAAGAGCUGAAAGUGUUAAAGGAGAUAUCUGUUGGAGAUCUGGAACCAAACGAUACUGUCCAGGCCAAUUUAGAGGCACAGCUGUUGUCUAAGCUUGACCAUCCAGCAAUUGUUAAGUUCUACAGCAGCUUUGUGGAACAGUGUAGUUUCUGCAUCAUUACCGAGUACUGUGAGGGUGGAGACCUGCAAUGUAGAAUUGACGAGUAUAGACAAAGGGACUGGACCUUCACUGAAAACCAGGUCAUCGAGUGGUUCAUUCAGUUACUGCUGGGAGCCCAGUACAUGCAUGAAAGAAGAAUACUUCAUAGAGAUCUGAAAAGCAGCAACAUCUUCUUGAAAAAUAAUCUCGUAAAAAUAGGAGACUUUGGAGUUUCUCGCCUCCUGAUGGGCUCGUGUGACCUGGCAACAACUUUCACUGGAACACCUUACUAUAUGAGUCCAGAGGUCCUCAGUCACCAGGGUUACAAUUCCAAGUCUGACAUAUGGUCUCUGGCGUGUAUUUUGUAUGAAGUGUGCUGUUUGGAUCAUGCAUUCACUGGCCAUAACUUCAUGUCAGUUAUCCUGAAAAUCGUGGAGGGUGAAACUCCGUCACUGCCAGACAGGUAUUCCAGUGAGCUUAAUGCUGUCAUGACAAGCAUGUUGCAAAAGGAUCCAGCCCACCGCCCAGCAGCUGUGGAAAUUCUCAAAAUUCCAUACGUUGAUCAGCAACUCCAGAACAUCAAGUGCAAGUUUUCAAACAUCACCACAAAAGACAUAACAAUCAACUCUCAGGAUGAAGCUCUUCAAAUCAGGAAUGCUUUACAGAAGAAGAUCCACCUGCAGACAUUACGUGAGCAGUCUGAAGUGCAGAAAAUGACACCACGAGAGAGAAUGAGACUCAGGAAAUUGCAGAGUGCUGACGAAAAAGCCAAAAAACUCAAGCAACUUGCUGAGCAGAAAUAUCAGGAGAAUCAUCAGCGCUGGCAGAAACUGAGGUUCCGCAACUUCCAGCAAGUCAGCGUGAACGUCCUGCAGGAGUGCAGCGAGAUAAGUCCACCACAUGCGAAUCAGACCCAACCAGUGAGUGCAGAAGAUUUCCGAUCACUUGGCCAGGCAGAUCCCAGAGGGGAGGUAGCUUCAGAUCGACUGUGUAUGUCUGAGCCAGCAGACUAUGGUAAGAUUAUGUUGAACAAUUGCAUGUAUACCUCAAAGGAGAUCCCGGAAGACCCUGCAACAGCAGAAGAAUUUUAUCACGAAGAUGGCUUCGAAUCUUGCUCUGAUGAAACCCUGGAGAUGAAGGACUCAGAUGAAGACACCGAAUUUGCCACUUGCAGUCAGGACACGGAUGUUGAUGCUCUGGUAAGAUGCAUGGAGGAUGUCCUGGACAGCAGAUCAUUAGAUAAUGACACUAUCAUUCCAGCAUUGUCCCAGGGACAGACAGCUAUGAACCACACCAUGGCAGAGACCAGGAUCAACCAUCUGAGGGAGAGAGCCACUCAGAAACUGGAAGCAGAUGUGUUUCAAAGAGUUUACAACUACCUGAAGGUGGCUAGGAGGCAUGACAUCAAAGAGGCAGAGGUCAAGGGUCAUCUGGAGAAGUUGGGGGCCAAGCCAAGUGACUGUUUUGAAGUUGACCAACUUCUGUACUUUGAGGAGCAACUGCAGGCCUCUGCCGCAAGAGUUAGCACUGAUGAUGGCCCUGGUCAAUUGUGACUGUGGUUAAGGAUGUGCCAUCAUCUAAUUGGCACAAAUACCCAAAAUCUUAA